GCCUCUGGUGUGCGCCUGUGUGUGCUGCUGCCGCUGUCAUCACAGAUGCACCCCAGCUGUCACUCCCCGCUCCGCUCUGGCUCGCUGCUCGCGCACACGCGCGCGCUCUCCUCCCUCGCCCCUUUCUUCCCUCUCUCCUCUCUCUCUCCCUCCAUCCCUCUCUUUCCUUCUCAGUUGGUGACUGACCCAGCAGCCCCGUCCCCUGUCUGCCGCAAGCAGUCCGCCUCCUGGUGCUGUGUGCUGCGUGCCAGCCGCUGCUCCCGCUGAGUGGAGACUGGCACCAGUGCCCACUGCGCUCUGCCUGCCGGUGGUGUCUGGAUUCCUCUAGGAAUCCCGGGAGGGUCUUACUGGAGGGUUGAGAGCCACCGGAUUGAAGGCGUUUGCGGUCAGAGUAAAGACGGGGCAAUGGGGACAAAAACAGCUGCCUUCUCAGCUCCAGCGAGAGUGGAUCAGGCAAUGGUGUGGACCCUGCAGAGGACCAUUCAGAGGAAAGGCGGUGUCUUCCUUUCCUACCUCUGCCUUUCCUGUACAAGUAACCCCCACGUGUAAGCAGACAGACAACUGAGUGAGGAGCCACAGAGCUCGGGCUCAGAGCCGUAUGAUUCCAUUUGCCUAACUUUAGCUGCCGCAGCAUGAACCCCUGAGCUGAUGAGUCUUAUUAUAGCCCGGCUGGCGGAAGACAGAGUGCUGCUAUUCACCUCUGUGUGGGCGUCGGUGGUGCAGGGGGAAGCGGCAGGCCGUCCAGCGGCUCACACCCUACGCGGCUGCAGCUGCCAAGGGCCUGGCCCCUGCCUCCCUCGGGCCAUGGACUGACAGGCGGCGUACCCAGGGGCUCCUCUCUCCCCAGAGCGACAGGGCCCGGAGAGCCGUGGGCCUCAUCAUGCUGGCGCCGGGCAGCAGCCCUGAGCAGAGGGGCAGGCUCGCUCUGCAGUGGAGGCAGGUCUCCUGGAUCACCUGCUGGAUUGCCCUGUAUGCUGUGGAAGCCCUCCCCACCUGCCCUUUCUCCUGCAAGUGUGACAGCCGCAGCCUGGAGGUGGACUGCAGUGGCCUAGGCCUCACCAUGGUGCCCCCAGAUGUGCCUGCAGCCACCCGAACCCUCUUGCUCUUGAACAAUAAGCUGAGUGCCCUGCCAAGCUGGGCUUUCGCCAACCUGUCCAGCCUGCAGCGGUUGGACCUGUCCAACAACUUCCUGGACCAGCUGCCCCACUCCAUUUUCAGGGACCUGACGAAUCUGACUGAGCUGCAGCUGCGCAAUAACAGCAUCAGGACCCUGGACAGGGACCUGCUGCGGCACUCGCCGCUGCUCCGCCACCUGGACCUGUCCAUCAACGGCCUGGCCCAGUUGCCCCCUGGCCUUUUUGACGGGCUCCUGGCUCUGCGCUCCCUCUCGCUUCGCUCCAACCGUCUGCAGAAUCUGGACCGGCUGACAUUUGAACCCCUAGCGAACCUGCAGCUGCUGCAGGUCGGGGAUAACCCCUGGGAGUGUGACUGUAACCUGCGUGAGUUCAAACACUGGAUGGAGUGGUUCUCCUACCGAGGGGGGCGCUUGGACCAGCUUGCCUGCACCCUGCCCAAGGAGCUGAGGGGGAAGGACAUGCGGAUGGUCCCCAUGGAGAUGUUCAACUACUGCUCCCAGCUGGAGGACGAGAAUAGCUCAGCUGGGCUGGAUAUUCCUGGGCCACCCUGCACCAAGGCCAGUCCAGAGCCUGCUAGGCCCAAGCCCGGGGCUGAGCCAGAGCCGGAGCCCAGCACGGCCUGCCCACAAAAGCAGAGGCACCGGCCGGCGAGCGUGAGGCGAGCCAUGGGUACGGUGAUCAUCGCAGGGGUUGUGUGCGGCAUCGUCUGCAUCAUGAUGGUGGUGGCCGCUGCCUACGGCUGCAUCUACGCCUCCCUUAUGGCCAGGUACCACCGGGAGCUCAAAAAGCGCCAGCCCCUGAUGGGGGACCCCGAGGGCGAGCACGAGGACCAGAAGCAGAUCUCUUCUGUGGCCUGAGCGCCCAGCCCCACCCGGCCAGGUAGGAAGGGCGGGGAGAGCACACGGCAUUGCUCAGCCACAGCCCCCACCUUGACCCAGCGCUGGCCACUGCCUUCCCCAGUCCACCCUCCUCCCCGCCCUCCCGCAGACAAGCCACACCGGGUUCUCUCCCUGCACUUUUGAGGCUCCCUGAAAGCCACCGUGCUGGGGGCUCCUGCUGAUGCUCCUGUCUGGGCCAGUAAAUCUUUGGAACAUCUGGGGGAUCUCCCUAAGCUCUGGCCACAGCAAAGCAAGGAGGUGCGUGCAAGAGGAGGCUUCUGGACUGGGCAUUCCCCUGUUGCCCUUCCUGUCGUGGGGUGGCCAUAGCUGGUGACUCUUCCUACCUUGCUGGUCCCACCUCACCUGCAUUGAGGGGACGGGGAGGGAGGGAUCUGAGGGAUGAAGGUAGAUGUCUGAGACUCUCCUAAGCCAGAAGGACGUUCUUAACACCUCUGCAGUGUGAAAGCUGGUCCAGCUCUACAACUGUUGGUACCAAUGUGCAAACACACCAGCCCUGCCAUCUGGACCCAGCACUCAGAAACACCACACACCCCUGGCCGACGCCAUCAUGCCCCUGGAUCUGCUAUCGGUCACACUGACCACAUGCUCCUGGAUUCGCUAAUUCACUCACACACCCAUCGCAUCACCAGUGCAGUCACAUGGAUUGAAAGAAUUAAUAUACACACACACACACACGCACACACACACACUCACACGGUCACAUGGAGACCGAGGCUAUGAGCACUCGAACAGCAGAGACAUGCUCUUCCCCGGGGGUCUCCCUGAGAUCACAGAGCCUCUUGCUU